AUGGAGUACGAAAUGUGGUUAGAACUUGGGGAGAGACUGGGUUUUAAAGAAACUGAGUUACAACAGUUUGUCAGAGCCAAGGAACAGGAGUACUUGGACAGAGAGGAGAGAGCGAGGAAGCGUGACCAAGAAAAGGAGUACAGAGAGGAGGAGAUACGUAAGCGUGACCUCGAGGAGGCUGAGAAAAGCAGGCAAUUUGAGUUGGAAAAGUUGAGAAUGCAGACUGACAUUGAAAUGGCUAGACUGAAGAUGGAACAAGAGAGAAGCGAGAUGUCAAGGUCAAACUCCGAAGAGGCUAGGUCAAGGUCACUGCGACCCAAGCUACCUAAGUUCGAUGAACAAAAGGAUGAUAUGGAUGCAUUUUUAGAGAGAUUUGAGAAGUUUGCCAUAGCACAGAAGUGGAAUACAGAUAACUGGGCGGUGAGUCUCAGUCCACUGCUCACUGGUAAAGGACUACAAGUCUAUUCAAGCAUGCCAUCGACGCAGAUUGAUGAUUAUGAUGAGUUGAAGAAGGCACUACUCAGAAGAUAUGAUCUAACUGAGGAAGGAUUUCGCUUGAAGUUUAGGGAGAGUAAGCCAGAGAAGGGUGAAACCGCCUUCCAGUUUGUGGCGAGGUCAACACGAUAUUUGAUGAGAUGGGUUCAGAUGUCAGAGAUUGAACAUUCAUUUGAGGGAUUAACAGACCUUCUUAUAAGGGAGCAAUUUAUCCAGACUUGUUCAUCAGAGAUGUCUCUUUUCCUCAAAGAGAGGGCACCAAAGGACGUUAAGGAAUUAACACGGCUUGCUGAACAAUACAUGGAGGCUCAUGGAGGAAAUAUCUCCAAACCUAACAAGGUCGUUGGGUAUAAUUCCAAUAAGGCUAAUCAUUCACCUCGUCAUAACCCCCAGCAAAACCCAAAGGUUAGUGACAAGACAACAGAUGAUAAAGGUCAAAGGACACGUCGCUGUUUUAUUUGUGGAGGUGAGGGUCACAUCGCUCGAGAUCAUGUGGAAGGAGGCAAGAUUGGGUCAAGGCCACACAAGGGUAGUCAGAGUAAAGACACCAACAAGGCGGCACUUUGUAAGGCUUCAAGGAAGAAAAAGGAAGUAACAGAGGAUUGUAUUAGGGAUGAGAUUAGCAGUAAGAAGGAAUCAAGGAUAGCGAUAAUGGGACGUAUUAGACUGGAAGACAGUGGAAUGCCUGUUCAGCUUGGAUACGUGGGAGAUCACCCAGUGCAGGUUCUGAGGGACACAGGAUGUAGCAGCGCUGCUGUUAGGGAAGCUUUAGUAAAUCCUGACCAGAUCACUGACAAGGAACUCCCAUGUAUACUGAUUGAUGGAACAGAGCGGAUGUUCAGAAUGGCAAAGAUUGAUGUUGAUACCCCUUUCUAUGUAGGGAAGCUAGAGGCAAUGUGCAUGAAGGAUCCAAUCUAUGAUCUGGUAAUCGGUAAUGUCGACACAGCAAAGUUAACGGCUGAUGUUGAUUGGAGGCCGCUUUCAGAAGAAAAUAAGUCAGCUGCAGUGAUGACUAGAGCUGAAGCAAAGAGGGAGAAACAACCUAUAAAGCCAUUGAAUGUCCAAGCAAAGGAGGUGGAUUUUGUUGGACUGGAUGGACUACAGAAAGCACAACAGGAGGACAAAUCACUGAACAGGUGGCACGAGAUUGCAAAAACUAAGGAAGGUAACCAAGGUGAUAAGUACCGAAUGGAGAUAAAGAACAAUAUCUUGUACCGUAUCUACAGACAGAAGAGAGGGAAGUUGGUUGAAGAUGUACGACAGAUCGCUGUUCCAGAGACAUAUAGGGAGAAAGUGAUGUCACUUGCACACGAGUCAAUUGUUGGAGGGCACUUGGGAAUACAGAAAACUAUCGACAGAAUUUCGACAAGUUUCUACUGGCCUGGAAUGACUAGUGAUGUGACACGCUACUGUAGGUCUUGUGAUAUAUGUCAAAGAACCACACCAAAGGGCAGGGUAACAAAGGUGCCUUUGGGAGAGAUGCCGUUGAUUGAGGAGCCUUUCAAGAGGGUAGCAGUAGAUUUGAUUGGUCCAAUAUACCCCUCGUCAGGAAGUAAGAAUCGUUACAUACUAACAGUUGUGGAUUACGCGACAAGGUAUCCUGAGGCCAUAGCAUUACCCAAGAUUGAGACGGAGAGAAUAGCAGAGGCGCUCAUGGAAAUAUUUUGUAGAGUUGGUUUCCCGAAGGAAAUACUAAGUGACAGAGGGUCACAGUUCACCUCAGGACUCAUGGAGGAGGUGUGCAGACUGGUGUCAGUCAAACAACUGUUCACAACACCAUACAACCCGAAGUGUAAUGGUUGGUGUGAGAGAAUGAAUGGGGUUCUGAAGAGCAUGUUAAAGAAGAUGUGCCAAGAACGACCACAAGAUUGGGACCGGUAUAUUCCCGCUGUAUUAUUCGCAUACAGGGAAGUCCCACAAGCAAGUACUGGGUUCUCGCCAUUUGAACUACUGUACGGGAGGACAGUUCGCGGGCCCAUGCAAGCGUUAAAGGAGAUAUGGACUGAUGAGGCAGAUGAGAAAUCUGAGACGAGGAAUACAUACCAGUAUGUUCUCAACUUAAGAGAUAGGUUAGAAGAAACCUGUAAGAUAGCCAGAGAAAGUCUACUUAAGUCACAAGGAAUUUACAAACACCACUAUGAUAAGAGAACAAAGAACCGUCAGUUUGAGGUCGGACAAAAGGUGCUGGUGUUGUUACCAACAGACAACAACAAACUUUUGUUACAGUGGAAAGGACCAUUUGAUGUAGUCGAGGUCGUAAACCACAUGGAUUAUAAAGUUGAUGUUGGAGGAAAAAUAAAAAUAUAUCAUGUGAAUCUACUGAAGUUAUACGUUGAGCGAAUAGACGUCAAAACAAAAUGUAAAGCAACAUGUCCAAUAGGGUCAGCAAAAGAGACAGUAGCUGGAAUCGCAGUUAUCGAGGCUGAAGAUGAGAAAGACUGUGGAGCUGUGGACGAUGAAAACCUGCUAGAGUUAGGUAACCUAUCUGGAAAGGAGACAUUCAAGGAUGUUGAAAUCAGUGACGAAUUGUCAGAAGAUCAACAGUCAGAGGUGAAAGCGCUUCUAGAAGAAUUUCAGGAUAUUUUCACGGAUGUCCCCGGAACGACACAUCUACAGACACACCGUAUUGAGACAACCAGUAAUAAUCCUAUCCGAGUUAAACCGUACCCAAUACCGUAUGCCAAAAGGAAAGAAGUGCAGGAGGAAGUUAAGAAAAUGGUAGACUUGGGAAUAGUAGAACCCUCGAAGUCUGCAUAUAAUGCUCCGAUUGUCAUGGUGAAGAAAAAGGACCAAACCAAUAGGGUGUGUAUUGACUUUCGCAAACUAAACGCAGUGACUCAUUUUGAUCCUGAGCCAAUGGGAGAUAUUGAUAAUAUUAUGACAAAGCUUCACGAGGAUAAAUAUUUCUCAAAGUUCGACCUUAGCAAAGGCUACUGGCAAAUACCUGUGGAAGAGAAACGCCAGAAGGUUGUUACCAGUUUCGGAAGCUUCCAUUUGGUCUAG